GUUAUUGCGAUGUUUACGAAAAAUUUAGAAAUUAUUGGAUACUGUGGAAUUUUAUUGCUUUUUAUGAAGAAUAACAAAUUAAGUUGAACGAACUGUAUCUGUCAAAAUGGUAUCGUGAAUCACGAAGUACGAACUUAAAUUGGUGCAAUCAUGAAAGAUAUUACACUAUAUUUUAGCAUUACUCACCCAAUAAUAUGAGGACAUUUCGAGUAUUAUCAGAUAGAACAGUUUCAGUUAUAAACAAACACACGAGAAGCGCGUACACGAGACCGGUAGCGCGCGCCAUCCCUGCGAUAACACGGCACUCGUUUGACGUGUCGAAGUGAAGUGUUGGCAAUUCGCGGCCUCUGCCGGCGCCCUACUUAUCGACCGGCUCCACUUUGCCACCAAAAUUCAAAUUACACCUGCAUUUCGAUUGUAAAACGUGACCUUGCACAAUGGUUUCGAGGAAAACUGUUUUGUACCUGUUCGAUGUAGACGGAACACUGACUAAACCGCGGCAAGUGAUUACAGAAGAGCUAAAAUCCUUUUUGCUGGAUAAGGUGAAGUCUCGCGUGACCGUGGGCCUCGUCAGCGGCUCCGACUACGUCAAAAUUGCAGAACAGAUGAGUGGAGAAGAUGUAGCAGCCAAGUUCGAUUACGUAUUUUGCGAAAAUGGCCUGGUGCAGUAUAGGGCUGGCAAAAUGAUCAGCUCUGGCAACAUCGUCGGUCAUCUUGGAGAGCAGACCCUGCAGAAAGUGAUUAAUUUCGCACUAGGCUACAUGUCCAAGAUUGAGCUGCCGGCGAAAAGAGGUAACUUCAUAGAGUUCCGCUCCAGCAUGAUUAACAUCUGUCCUGUGGGCCGCUCCUGCAGCCAGGCAGAGAGGGAUCAGUUCUCUGAGUAUGACAAGCAGCACCAUAUCAGGCAGAAGUUUGUAGAUGCUCUCCAGAAGGAGUUCUCAGACUCUGGCUUGACAUUUGCUCUCGGUGGACAAAUUAGUGUGGACGUGUUCCCCACGGGCUGGGACAAGACAUUCUGCUUAAACCAUAUUGCUCAUGAGAAUUUCGAAGAAAUCCACUUUUUUGGAGAUAAGACAGACCCUGGAGGUAAUGACUAUGAAAUCUACAAUGACUCCCGGACAAUCGGACACAGAGUGACCUCACCAGAUGAUACCAAAGAAAAGCUUCAGAAGUGCCUCAAUAUUGAAUAAUGUGUUAUAAGAAAUGUGAUAUAUAAUUUUAUUUUAUUACAUUAUGGAGAUUAUAAUUUUUUUUAUUGCUAAAA